AUGGCUAGCAAUGACAACCACAACUCCUUCUCCAACCACUUCACCAUCCUCCUAAUCGCUGCCUCAACGGCCGCUAUCGUCAUCGUCCUCUACCACUGCUUCAACGCUUGUUGCUACAACCGGAGAAACCCCCAACGCCACAACCGAACACUGGUUCUCCGACAAGGAGAGAUUCCGGGCCUCAUACCGGCCCACAAGUAUGAAAAGGAAACGAAAUUGGUCCGAGAAAAUCGGACUUGUGUGGUUUGCUUGAACGAGUACGAGGAGGGUGAAGAACUUCGUACGUUGCCUGAGUGCAUGCACUCUUUCCACGUGGCUUGUAUUGAUAUGUGGCUCUAUUCCUGUUCAACUUGUCCGGUUUGCCGAACUGAUACGACGCCGUCUCCGUUUGAGUUUAAG